GUACCUCAGGAACAAAGGGAUCCGAUGUCCAACGGCAGCUCCAUCACCCACUUCCUCCUGCUGGAAUUCGCAGAGACGGGGGAGCUGCAGCUCUUGCACUUCUGCCUCUUCCUGGGCAUCUACCUGGCUGCCCUCCUGGGCAAUGGCCUCAUCAUCACUGCCAUAGCCUGUGACCACCGCCUCCACACCCCCAUGUACUUCUUCCUCCUCAACCUCUCCCUCCUUGACCUGGGUGCCAUCUCCACCACUCUGCCCAAAGCCAUGGCCAACUCCCUCUGGGACACCAGGACCAUCUCCUACUCGGGAUGUGUUACACAAGUCUUCGUGUUUGUCACCUUCAUCUCAGCAGAGUUUUAUCUUCUGACAGUCAUGGCCUAUGACCGCUACGUUGCCAUCUGCAAAUCCCUGCACUAUGGGUCCCUCCUGGGCAGCAGAGCUUGUGUCCACAUGGCAGCAGCUGCCUGGGGCAGUGGCAUUCUCUAUGCUCUUCUGCACACAGCUAAUACAUUUUCAAUACCUCUCUGCCAAGGCAAUGGCCUAAACCAAUUCUUUUGUGAAAUCGCCCAGAUCCUCAAGCUCUCCUGCUCAGACUCAGACUACCUCAAGGAAGUUGGGCUUAUUCUACUCAGUGCCUGUUUAGUCUUCGCAUGUUUUGUUUUCAUUGUGGUGUCCUAUGUGCAGAUCUUCAGGGCUGUGCUGAGGAUGCCCUCGCAGCAGGGACAGCACAAAGCCUUUUCCACGUGCCUCCCUCAGCUGGCCGUGGUCUCCUUAUUUGUCAGCACUGGCAUAUUUGCCCACCUGAAGCCCCCCUCCAUCUCCUCUCCAUUUCUAGACCUAGUGGUGUCACUGCUGUACUCGGUGGUGCCUCCAGCAGUGAACCCCCUCAUCUACAGCAUGAGGAACCAGGAGCUCAAGGGUGCCUUGAGGAAACAGACCCAAUGGAUCCUGCACCAUCAACAGUAA